UAUUUUUAUCGCGGGGUGGAUUUGUUGACCUUCUUCCCAGUUGAGGCCGCCCCGUUAUCGCGUUACUCUCUUGGUCUCCCCGCCGGCCAAAGUGACCGUUUCUCUCCUUCUUCCUUCUUGCUUUUCUUCCUUCUCUCAGCCUCUAGAUGAGAUAGACAUAGAGAGAGGCAAAGAUCGGUUGUAGUUUGGAGUAUAGAAUAGUGAGUAGCGUUCUCUACUCUUCCGAAGAACAAGGAGCAGUGCAUCAGAUAUUGUGCUCGACCUUUGAGUGCCCAUCUUUCUACAGAAACGAUGAUGAACAGUACGAGCGCUUCUCCGGCAGAGCCGACGAUCUCUGUUUCUGGGGAUGGGACGGACGCCAGGAGGAAUUCCAAGAGACCUAAAUAUUCAAGGUUUACACAACAAGAGCUUCCAGCUUGCAAGCCAAUUCUCACUCCUCAGUGGGUGAUCUCUAUUUUCACAUUGGUUGGCAUAAUCUUCGUCCCCAUUGGUGUCGCCGCCUUGCUUGCAUCAAAUGAUGUUGUUGAAAUUGUAGAUCGAUAUGAAACUGAAUGCAUUCCGAAGAACAUUAGCGAUAAGAUUGGAUACAUUCAAAAUCCAGCAAUUAGUAAAAAAUGUACCCGGGUACUAAAGGUACCCAAGGAUAUGGAUAAACCUGUUUAUGUGUACUAUCAGCUCGACAACUUCUAUCAAAACCAUAGGAGGUAUGUCAAGAGCCGAAAUGAUCAACAAUUGAGAGAUAAGAGUAAAGCUAAUGAGACUAGUGGCUGCGACCCAGAAAAAACUACGGCGAACGGAAUGCCUAUUGUCCCUUGUGGUCUUAUCGCAUGGAGUUUAUUCAAUGACACAUACAACUUCACCCAUAGCAAUGGUGAAACAUUGACGGUUAACAAGAAGGAUAUUUCAUGGAAGAGCGACAGAAACCACAAAUUUGGAUCCGAUGUCUUUCCCAAAAACUUUCAGAAUGGAACCCUAAAAGGUGGCAAAACACUGGAUCCUACAGUACCCCUGAGCAAACAGGAGGAUCUUAUUGUUUGGAUGCGAACGGCAGCCCUGCCGACGUUUAGGAAGUUGUAUGGGAGGAUAGAGGUGGAUCUUAAAGAGAACGAUACGAUUACGGUGGAAUUGGAGAAUAACUACAACACCUAUAGUUUUGGUGGUAAGAAGAAGUUGGUUCUUUCGACCACAAGCUGGCUUGGUGGAAAAAAUGACUUCCUUGGCAUUGCGUAUAUUUCGAUAGGAGGAGUGUGCUUUUUUCUUGCGACGCUUUUCACCAUCGUGUAUUUGGUAAAACCUAGGAAACUCGGUGAUCCUUCAUACUUGUCAUGGAACAGCAAUCGCUUAAUGCAGUAGCUGCUCUGAAGUCCAGCGAAGGCUCGGUAAUGGCUGUACUUCUUGUUUAUUCAUUUUAGUAACUGCGUUGUAUUAUGUUAGUAUAAACCUAUGAAGAUUCAGACUCAGUCAGACAAUGUCAUGAAUGUGUAAUUAGUUGAAAAUUUCUUGUAAUUUGACUCUUCUUUAGCUCAAAUAUACCUUUAUUUCCA